AUGACAGAAACGACUACAAUUUAUAUUCCUGGCAUUGAUUAUGAUGAUGAUGAUCUUAUUCAUACAAAAACUCUUUUUCGACGUCAUUCAAAAGGUCCUGUUAUGUUUAAUGGAUGUUCACCAUCAGGAUGGUAUAUUGAACGAGAAACAGAUACUCAAUCAAUACUUCGAUAUACAUUUACAGAUCAAUUUGUAAUUCCACCAUUAACAACAAUAGAAUUAUGGUCGAAUACAGCAACACCAAUUCCUAUAGUACCCGAAACUCAAGAACAACAACAACAAUCAUUUGUUUGUAUUAAAACAAGAUUGCCAACAUGGAAUAAUGCUCGACAAUGGAGUAUAACUCGACUUUAUGAUAAUACAGGACGUGAAAAAGCUAUUUUUUCACAUCAAACAUUACCAUCAACAGAUAAAGAAAAACAAGGAUAA